UUACAGGGUCUCAAUUCCCCGCGCGGGAAUUUGUUAUUGAUAUGGAGCCUGUUGGCAAUGCUGAGUAACUUGUGAUAUGGACGCUUUUCUUCUCUUCAGUUUCUAAAGAUGUUGAUCAAUAAGUGACGCAGUGAAUUCAGCUGGUUCUUUUGUCACACAAAGGAAAUGGACACAGAACACGGAGUAAGUGCCGAAAAGUUUACCGCUUCCCUGGCGAAAGCAAGCGAGAAAGCGGUGGCAUAUCUGGGUAGUGUAGAUGAUGAGAUAUGGGAGUCAUUGUUGUUUUCUGACUCACUGGUGACUACAUCUCAGACUGGCAGAGAAAUAGGUGAAAUGACAAUAACUGUGGAAAACACCAUGUGGAGAGGGGAGCCUUGUUAUCUUGUUCAUGCUAACAGCCAUGGGUCUAUAGAUCAAGUACCUAUUGGGACAUCAGUAACAGCUUAUGUUGGAAGAUCUCUUCAGACAUUUGAGCAAACCCAUUAUGAAUAUGUCAAGAUACCGGAUAACCCUCUGGAUAAAAAGACUCUUAUUGUACUGGAUGAGGAUGGAACAUACUCUGUAAAGAAGACUGAAUCACAAGGAGAUGAAAUGCAGAGAACUGACAAAUAUUUCAAAAAAGAAUUAUUCCAGGGUUUUAUAUCUGAAGGUUCUAAUCUGUUGCUACAGAGAAUCAUGGUAAAAAGAGGAGUUCCCGAGGACAUGACAUUUGUUGCAUUUGACUCAACAACUAGUCUGUGUACUUCAUCUUAUAAAAUGCUUGGCAAGUCAGAGAGGAGAAUUGGUUUGCAACAAGUUCAUGCGGUUGGACUGAAUCGUACGAUUCAUUCAGUUGAGGAGUCGCCUACCACUUGGGAAUCGUACUUCUUGUCGACAGGGCAUCUCGCAAGUCGAACACAGCUGGGUUCUGGGGUGACCAUGACCUUGUCAAGAAUUCCAGAGGAACAUCAGAUUACAAAUACAGACUUAUCAGAAGAGACAACAGAAGUUAAACCACUCAAAUGGGAAGAAGAUAUGCAACUAUUUUCGCGUUUUUUAGACCGAAAGGCGGAGUUGGCUGACGAUCACGCAACCUACAUGAGAAGGCAUCCAGAGCUGCGGGCUCUCCUUGCCGACUUUCUGCAAUUCUUACUGCUUCGAAAACCUGAUGACGUCACCGGCUUCGCCUCUGAGUUUUUUGGCGCGUUUUCUACAGCCGCGCCCUCUGUACCUUCAUUCGCUCGCUCUUCUCCAGGUCCUGCGCGACCUUCCUCUAUGCCUUGAGGACUUUGAGAUACUUGGCCUCAUGCAGUCCUUCCUCACAUCCCCUUCAGACAAGCAGCUUCAGUCAAUAUUGUACAUGAUACGAAAAGAGAAUUCAUAUAGUUUAAGUUACAAUGUUUUCCUUACCUCAUGAAAUUUUUAUUAGUGUGUUCUCGGUGGUGAUUUUAGCAGUUGAUAAGCUCAAAUAUGGGUGAGAAGCGUUAAGUAGUCAUUUGUCUCUAAUUAAAGGAUUCAUGGCUCACCAA